UUGGUUGGUAGUUAUAAUAAAUUGUAGAUGCAACAUAACCUAUAAUUUAUUUUUCAGAGUUGUAUCCUGUUCAUUUUUUCACUCGUGUCUUUUCGUCACUGUUCUUUGUUGGCGCACACAACAUGUCUUCGAAAGUAUCUAAGGAUACCUUGUACGAAGCCGUCAACGCGGUUUUGUUGCAAGCUAAAACCAACAAGAAAAACUUUUUGCAAACCGUUGAAUUGCAAAUUGGUCUAAAGAACUAUGACCCCCAAAAGGAUAAGCGUUUCUCAGGUACUAUUAAACUGAAGCACAUCCCUAGGCCCAAGAUGAAGGUUUGCAUUCUUGGUGAUCAACAGCAUUGUGAUGAAGCCGAGGUUGCCAAAGUACCAUUCAUGGAUGUUGAAGCUUUGAAAAAGCUUAACAAAAACAAAAAGUUAGUUAAGAAAUUGGCUAAAAGAUAUGAUGCUUUUUUGGCUAGUGAGGCCCUUAUUAAACAGAUUCCACGUUUGUUGGGACCGGGUUUAAACAAAGCUGGCAAGUUUCCUGGUCUUUUAUCCCAUCAAGAGUCAAUGAACAUGAAAAUUGAUGAAGUAAAAGCUACCAUUAAAUUCCAAAUGAAGAAGGUAUUAUGUUUGUGUGUUGCUGUUGGACAUGUUGAUAUGAAAUCCGAAGAAUUGGCCCAGAACAUUCAUCUUUCUAUUAAUUUCUUAGUUUCGUUGUUGAAGAAACACUGGCAAAAUGUUAGGUCACUGCACAUCAAGUCAACAAUGGGUCCACCACAACGUUUGUACUAAUGUGUAAUUCAAUUUAUUAUAUUUUAAAUAAAGACCACAUUAUAAACACUG